AUGAGAAGUUGCAUUAUUCUCAGCAUACUGUUUUCUUGGGUUCAAGCUCUGAAGUUUGCCGCAGUCCAUUUCCUGACGCACCGUCGGCUUCUGUUGACCCAGGUGUUCGGAAAGAGGAGUUGCAUGAUGAGGAGUUGCAGGAUGUGGGGUUGCAGAAUGAGGAGUUGCUGCAUGAGCAGUUGCAUUAUUCUCAUCAUACAUGUUAUACGGCCUCACGCCCUGAAGUUUGCCACACUUCAGCUUCUGACGGAGACUCAGCUUGCCAUGGGAAGGAUUGGCAGGGGGAUCUUAAGGAUUUCAAGGACGAGGAGGAGGAUAAUGUUCAUGUUGAAUCCGUGGGGAGUUCUACGGCAGUUGCUGCUGAAGAAGCGUCGCUUGCUUCUCAAUCAAAUGAUGCUGUACUGCACUCAGCUCCUUUGGAUUAUUCUCUGCACUCAGUUCCUUUGGAUUAUUCUCGAGUGCAAAGGGAAGGUGGAGGCCCCGAGGCGCUGCCGUUGGCAUCCUCGAAAACCCACGGAGAGUGCGAAGUCGACCAGCGUAAAGAUAACUGUGCUUCUUCUUCCUGGCUCUGUUCAGAUGAGUUGCAGAGCAACCGAUCUGAGUGUCAAGCUGCCAGGGACUGGGCCCGUGCCAAUGGCGAUGCAGUAG